AUGGCAGCAGCCAGAGGAGGAUUCCACCCUCUGCUCCUGUUCCUGUUGCUGGGGCUGUGGCUGGCUGAGGUCCCAGUCAGCGCCAAGCCCAGCAACAUGACUGCAGCUCAGUGGUUUGAAACUCAGCAUGUGCAGCCCAAGCCCCAGGGAUGCAACACCGCGAUGGGCAACGUCAACAAAUACACAAAACACUGCAAAGACUUCAACACCUUCCUGCACGUAUCCUUCUCCAGUGUGGCCGCCACCUGUCAGACCCCCGCCAUAGCCUGCAAGAACGGCCGUAAAAACUGCCACAAGAGCCGAAAGCCUGUAUCUCUGAGCACAUGUAAGCUCACCUCGAAGAAGUACCCAAAUUGCAAGUACAAAGAGAAGAAAGCGGUGGUUUCUUACAUUGUAGCCUGUGAUCCUCGCCAGCCAGGAGACUCUGGGAAAUUCAAGCUGGUCCCUGUGCACAUGGAGUGA